AGAAGAAACGAUAAAGCUACGGAAGUCAUCAUCAAAUUGCAUCUUUUUCGCUGCAGGAAAAUGACUGUAAAAUUAACAGGACACAAGGGAUUGUGGACAAGUUACUGUUCUAUUAUGACCAGACUAAAAACAAUCUAUCGACCCUCUAAGUGCCCGAGUUGCCCGAGUUAACUGUGAGUUUUAAACGAAUUCGUCUAGUGAGUGGGAGCUAAGCUUGGAUGCUAACAUCACAUUCAUUCCAUCGCCCUGUUCUGUCACCGUCUAUUCAACCAGGAUUGUGUCGAAAACAAAGAUAUUUUGAUGUGUUAAGUCCUGCUAAUUAAAACUGUUAAUCGUACUUGAAUCUCUCGAGCCUGAAAUGGUCAUUGGUCUGCUGCUUAGUGUGACUAGCAGGUGACAGGCUACUGCUCAAACUUAGCAGCCUCCUAUUGCUUUGACAGGUCAGAUAGGGCGUUUAGAGCUCUAGAUGAGUAAGGAAAAGGUUGUCAACAUGGGCCACCGAAAGACAGCGGGCUCUAGAGCACACCCUCGACCGUCUGACAGUCGCUCUACCCGGACACCCCCAUCCAAGGCAGACGGCGACUCUUCCUUCCCUUGCCUUGAGCCGUCCAAGCCGUUAAAACACUGCAUUUGUAUGGUGUCGGACUUCUUUUACCCCAACAUGGGUGGUGUGGAGAGCCACAUCUAUCAGCUGUCCCAAUGUCUACUGGAGAAGGGGCACAAGGUCGUUAUAGCAACGCACGCCUACGGAGACCGACGAGGCAUCCGCUACCUGACCAAUGGCCUGAAGGUCUACUACCUUCCCCUGCAGGUGAUGUAUAAUCAGUCCACAGCCACCACUGUCUUUCACAGCAUGCCUCUACUCAGGUGUGUGUUUGUGCGUGAGCGUGUGACUGUAGUCCAUGCCCAUAGUUCCUUCUCCGCGCUGGCCCAUGAUGCUUUGUUCCACGCCAAGACCAUGGGUCUCAACACCGUCUUCACUGACCACUCCCUCUUUGGAUUCGCCGAUCUCAGCUCUGUAUUGACUAAUAAGCUGCUCACAGUGACACUCUGUGACACCAGCCAUGUGGUGUGUGUGUCGUACACCAGUAAGGAGAAUACAGUACUGCGAGCAGCCCUGCCUCCUGAGAGAGUAUCUGUCAUCCCUAACGCUGUGGACGCAGAUCAGUUUACACCCGAUCCUUCAAGAAGACACCCAAACAAGAUCACUGUAGUGGUGGUCAGCCGUCUGGUGUACAGGAAAGGGAUUGAUUUACUAGGCGGCAUCAUUCCGGUGCUAUGUGCAAAGCACCCGGAUCUCUGCUUUCUUAUUGGUGGAGAGGGGCCAAAGAGAAUCGUGCUGGAGGAGGUCCGGGAGAAGUACCAGCUACACGACCGGGUGCGUCUACUCGGCGCGUUGGACCAUAAGGAUGUUCGUGACGUGCUGGUGCAGGGACAUAUCUUCCUCAACACGUCUCUCACUGAAGCAUUCUGCAUGGCCAUCGUGGAGGGGGCUAGCUGUGGACUGCAGGUGGUAACCACGCGUGUCGGAGGUAUUCCAGAGGUGCUUCCUGAUGCGCUGGUGACGUUGUGUGAGCCAACUGUGCGCUCGCUCUGUGAGGGGGUGGAGUCAGCCAUCACUAGGCAACGCUCAGGCCAAGCCCCUUGUCCAGAGGCCGUGCACAGACAGGUGAAGACACUGUACACCUGGCGGAACGUUGCAGACCGCACAGAGAAGGUGUAUGAGCGUGUUGCGGGUCAGGAGGUGUUGGCACUAGAUCGGCGCAUGCUGCGUCUGCGUUCCCACUGCGGCGCGGUGGCCGGAUCCGUAUUCGCACUGUUCGCCGUACUCGACUUCCUCUUCCUGCUCCUGCUGAGAUGGUUCCUCCCAGAUGAUGUCAUCGACGUCGCCGUGGACGCAUCGGGACCGGGAAGUCGCUGGAGCCAAUCAGCAGUCUCGGAACCACACCACAGCCACUGGAGGCAGGACGUAUGCAAGGAGGCAGAGCACAGCUGACCAAUCACCGUACAUCAUGGCAGCUGACAUCCAUCUUUGGCCAAUCGGCAGUUUCAGAACUACACAGCCACUGGGAUGUUAUCAUAGAGACAACACCCAACUGACCACUUGCAGCCGAUACUAAACUUUGACCAAUCUGUAGCCAGUGAUGUCCGACUUUGACCAAUGAGAAGCCUUAUGUCCACAGCUGUCUAUAAUUAUGGCAGCUGAUAUGCACAGCUGUCCAAACAGCAGUGGUGACAGCCAUAUCUCAACCAUUCCCUUGAUGCCUCCAUGCUCCUGGAAUCCACCUUGUCAUCAAAAAAUACUUUUAUUCUGUUGACUUGUUCAUGUAUUUUGUUCCCCAGUGUGUGGACAAUUGUUUUCCACGCCUAAGGCCAAGACCAGAACUUCCAUACAUACCUGUCACCUGACCUGUCGCAUUCAAUACCUGUGACUCUACCAUAUACAGUACAUUGACAAGUGCAGAUACUCUGGCUGAUUCAUUAGGAAAUGCAAUUUGCCAGGACUAAAAUGUUAAGCACAACAAUACAGGAGAACAACAGACUUAUCUGAGUUCCUUUGUUCCGGGUAGAUGUGGCACAUGCCUUUUAUCAGUAUGCAAAGCGAGGAUGUGGAGCCAAUAAUUAUGUCUAAUAUGUCACAAAACUCACAAGUGAUACCAUCCACCUGCUCUAUAGCCAUAGAUGUGAAUGUUAGAUGCCACUGACCACUCCUGUCUAUGGGAACCAAUGGCUCAAGUUAGAUCGCUGCCAUGUUCAGCUGACAAAUGCUACCAUUUUUUUUAAUUAUCCAACAUUGUCCCAUUGAGACUAAAUGUCCCUUCUACCAGGUCGUGGAGUCCUAGUCAAAAUGGCAGCCAAUCAAAAAGUGUCAAACGCAAACAAACACUAACAUUUAAGUUUUUUUUUUUUUACAUCAAACACGGUAGCAUCUAAAUUGGUGAAAUAGUGAAAAGACAAUACUACAGUGUCCUGUAGGUGGCGGUACCAUCUAUGAAGAAUAUCAUGAUACCGACCCAAGACGGCGGCUCCUAGGGUUGGGCCAUGGCAAAAGGCUGAACACGGCAUCUAGUGUUUAUCUAUGUGCUUUAGCUAGUAAAGGCUUAAAACUG